AUGCUCAGGGGGCUUUCCACAAAUCCACGCCCCUCUUCCUAUGGGCCAGGGGCGGACAUUGACAGCCCAGUGCAUGGCGAGUUUGGUCGGCACAAUGACCUGACGACGGGCUCCAGCACUACACCGCUGACCUUUGAACCGUCCGAGGAGACCACUGCCGCCCCAUACCUCCCCGCGACUCGAUUACGGAAUGCUGCAUUCACUGACGAGCAGCCCGCCCCUCAACAACUACUACAGCAUCGAAGGCAGAAUACCGCACCCUCCUUACCUCGUCCACGAACAGCUCAGCGCGAAGGAUCUCCUCUUCGCCGUCACCAGAGACAUCAGUCAGAUAUGCCUUUCACCGGUGAUGGACGGGUAGGGCGCAAGCAGGACGCUAUUCCUGUCAGGCAAGAAGCUCUAGUUAUCGAUACAACACCAAAGGCUUUGUCCAAGGGUACCACUGCGGCUCCUCAAACCGCCAGUCCCGGAUUCUUUGGCGCCCUCAAAGCCCGAUGGACAAACGCAUCGUCUGCCCAGAUAGACUACGACGAACUGGCAAAUAUGGACAUUGAGACCGCGCUACUGCCGCCAGAGUCCCUGUCUGGCCGUGAAGCAUUCUCGCCUGCCGCCUACAAGAACUUGCAAAUGAACGCUAUUGGUUUAUGCACCAAGAUGCAGACUGCUUUCCGCCAGCGCACCAUGGCUCUCGAGGAGCUUCAAGCAGAACGAGAAGCCGACAAGGAAGAAGCCGAGGAAGCCAAGCUCCGCGUUGAGAGCUUAAAGAUGCAGCUCGAGCUCAUGGCUCAAAAAGCAGACGAGCAACAGCAGGCCCUCCAACGUCUCAUGGCUGAGCUCAACCAUGAAAAGAAGGCUAGGCAGGAAGAACGGCUUGUUCAGGUUGCCGGGGCAUCCAUGGUCAAUGACGAUCUUGGGUAUGAAGCCGACCGUAAACAAUGGCGCAAAUCUGGUGGCACCAUCCGAUCAGAGGUUAGCGGUUUUGACACGGAAUCCAUUCAUAGUGUCGAAAGCGAGAGCGUCUUUUCGCGUAGCCGCAGUCCGACAAUCAUGACGAGUGCCACGGAGAGCCAUUACGACUUGGCCUCUGGCGCCUCUUCCAUGUACCAGGGAAGAGUGCCAGCCCCGGGCUUGCCAUCACGCCAGAAGCCGAAUCGGGAAAUGAGCACAUUGCAGAAACUAAUGAAGAACAUUGCCGGCGAUUCAGCCAAGGAUGAAGACAAAGGAGAUGGGUGCAGAAACUGCAGGGGACAAGAUUCUAGCAUGGCAUGGGACACCGUUUCAUUACUCAGAGACGAAAACAAGGGACUCAAGCAUAGAAUUGGCGAGCUCGAGGUUGCUGUCGAAGGUGCACUAGAUUUGGUCAAUGGCGUUGGUCAAGCAUAG